UUCUUUAAACCAGUUAUCGUACAUUAUAAACUAAUUAAUCAUUUUAUAUUAAAUAGAGAUAUGAAAUUUUGAUGAAGCACAGAUCAAAUCGAUUUUUUUUGGCUGCAAAUAAACUAAUGAUGCAUCGUGCUUUAUUGCUCAUGGCCUUAAUCACGUCAGCGGUUUCAAGAAAUGACGAAGAGCAGUGUAGGGACAUGUUCGAGAGCUUCACUCGGGUAAUGUCUCAGCGACCAUCUCCACAGUACUGUAGGGGAGUGAGCCACUUGAAUAACGUCCUCAAGCUCACGUAUCCACUUGCUUUGCAGGUAUUGGAGAAGAAGGAGAGGAAGGGACGAGUAGGGAGACCGUGUGAAUGCAUGGAGUCAGAGGUAACUUGGAAAUUAAGAUGUGUGAGAUGCGAGCAAGAUCCAAGCACCAAUGUAACUAAAUAUGAAUCACAUGUGAAUGUUCUAUAGAUCUCUCUAUAUAAUUGGUAUGUAUCGUAUGAAAUAUCAUAGUUUUUUCUCAGUAUAUGUGAGCUGAGUUUCUUGUUAGAUGUGAUUAAUCAAAAAAGAGGGACUCCCCUAAAACUAAUCACUAACUUUUGGAUUACUAUA